AACCUGUUCCCAGUCUUCCAAACCGUCCUUUGGAGUAUUGAAUAUAUGAUGUCUGAAUUGAACCAUAUAUCUGAUGGGGAGCCAAAGCUAAGAAUUAGCAACCUGCUUACAGUCACUAAAAAAUUCAAUGCUGAGUUGGAAUUUGAAGCCAUAUCUCGGAGUCCUAGAUCUGAAUUCAGCCCUUGGUCACUGGAAUGCAGAUGUGAAGUUCGACACACUCUUCUUACGGCCUGCCCUUCCAGGGCUCCAAGAUGGGAGAUGAUGAAACCAGAGCUUUGCUACCAAAGACAGACAAACUGGACAUCUUUUGUCCAUCUAACACACAAGGCUCUCCUCAAAAUCCAAGCAGAGAAGAAGAAACUGGCUGCUCUUGGAAGCAUCUCCAUCAGUCUUCCCAUCACCCUCUAGACUCACUUAGUUGCUGUGUUAAAUACUUGACCUUUGUUUGGAACCUGGCAUUCUCCAUUACAGGAUUGCUCAUUUUGGCCAUAGGGAUCUGGGGUCUCUCUGACAAAGAAUCACUGGCAAGUGAGCGGAUAGCUUAUUUGGGGAGUGACCCAAUGCUCUUUUUUGUAUUGGCGGGUCUAGCAGCUAGUACUAUGUCUCUGUUAGGCUGCACAGGAGCCCUUUCUGAAAACAGCUGCCUCCUGAAGCUUUUUACUGGAGGAAUCAUCACCUUUCUAAUCUUGGAAGCUCUGGGUGGAAUUGUUCUCUUUUCUCUAAGACACCAAAUCAAGGCCUCUUUGCAAGACUCUCUCAUGACGGCAGUGCUACGGUACCAAGAUGACUCAGAUCUCCAAUUCAUAAUGGAUGAAAUUCAGACAGGCCUGCAGUGCUGUGGAGUGGAGUCUUACCUAGACUGGAAAACAAAUUUGUAUUUUAACUGCAGUUCUCCAGGUGUGCAAGCCUGUGGUGUUCCGGCUUCCUGCUGCCUGGAUCCACUGGAAAAUGGCACGAUAUCAAAUUCCCAGUGUGGCUUUGGUGCCCUGGUCCUGGAGGAGUUUGUGGCUCAAAGCACAAUCUAUCUUGGAGGCUGCGUUCCCCAGCUCAGCAGAUGGCUUCAUAAUCAUGCAGGAGCAAUUGGCUUCUAUUUUGUGUUUCUGAUUGUGAUUGAAGUAGGGAGCUUAUUACUGGCCACUAAGCUCUUAGCAGGCAUUGCCUUUGCUAGGACUCGGUAUAACAGUGGGAGUGAAAGAACAUAUUUACUCUCCUAUCACCAGAGACAAAGGGGAUUUUAUUCAUGAUCUUCUGAAGACUGUAAACCCAGAGUAUUAUAAAAACCCCUAUUAUCUAAUACCAGUUAAUACCCAGAGUAGGAUGGGGGAUGGAGGGCCCUUUGCUCUUGAAUUUCUCUACCUUGUGCCCAGCCCUCUCUCAUUCUUUCCUUGGUCCCUUGCUGGAGCUCAUUCCCCAGCUCCACUCCAACUGUAUCUUGUUCCAUCAAUGCCACCUUUUCCUUCUUCUCACCCUCCCUCAGUGUUUCUAAGCAUGGCUGGAAAAAGAAGGAGAGUGGUGCAGAGCAGCCUGUCAAGACCUGGCCUUCAUUUCUGGGGGAAAGCGAUAAACCCAGCCAGCUCCCUUACAAAUUCAGCAACUGGCUUCCCUUAACCCAUUUUCAAAGUGAGUUUUUAAGUUAGCCAUGGGAACCACUUCCAUCCUGCAAACUGGCUUCAGAAAAAGAGGAGACAAUGACUGGGUUUGCAUGAUUGCCACAGCUCACCAUGGCUCAUUUAAACCACAAUGGAGCCAUGGCACCAUCCUGAAUAUUCAGGCU